CCAAUUCUUUGACUUGGGUCACGUCAUUGUCUUUUCCCAUCUCAACCCAAAAACUAUCGUGAACCGUCAAGAUGUUCAGCUUGCGGCGACUCCUCCUCGCCGCCGCGCUGUUCCUCGGCGCGAUGCUGCUCUUUGCGCAGUCCGCCGAGGCAGCCAAGGGCCCUAAGAUCACCCACAAGGUCUAUUUCGACAUUGAGCAGGGCGACAAGCCCCUCGGCCGCAUUGUUAUGGGUCUCUAUGGCAAGACCGUCCCCAAGACCGCCGAAAACUUCCGCGCUCUUGCCACUGGCGAGAAGGGCUUCGGUUAUGAGGGCUCUACCUUCCACCGUGUCAUCAAGCAGUUCAUGAUCCAGGGUGGUGACUUCACCAAGGGCGAUGGCACCGGUGGCAAGUCCAUCUAUGGUGACAAGUUCGCCGAUGAGAACUUCAAGCUCAAGCACUCCAAGAAGGGUCUCCUCUCAAUGGCCAACGCUGGCAAGGACACCAACGGCUCCCAGUUCUUCAUUACCACUGUCAUCACCUCUUGGCUCGAUGGCAAGCACGUCGUCUUCGGCGAGGUCCUCGAGGGCUACGAUGUCGUCGAGAAGAUCGAGAACACCAAGACCGGCCCUCGCGAUGCUCCUGCUGAGCCCAUCAAGAUCGCCAAGAGUGGCGAGCUUGAGGUUCCCCCUGAAGGCCUGGAAGGCCAAUCGGAAUGGGCAUCUCCCGCGUACGCAAACGAAGACGAGAAGCCUGCUGCUCCUGUUCCUGUUACCGAUGCCAAGCCUCCUGCGCACGACAGCAUCCCCGCCGCCACCGCCGACGACGAUGACACUGGUGCCCCCUUGUUCGCCAAGGUCCUUUUCUUUGGCGUAUUAGUUCUAGGUCUCGUUUUGUAUAUUCGCCUUCGUCGCGCCCCUAAGGGUACGUACGGAAAGGGCAUGGAGUAGGCAAUACCUCGAAUAUUUGAAAUCUGACAAGGCUGCAUAACAGGUAGCUAUGGGGGUCUGGGCGGGCGUGAGUAGCCCAGACGAGUAGUGUUAAAAGGGAAAAAACAAUCAGAAUCAAAUCAUGGGCGUAUUUGGAUCAUCGCAUAGUUUGCUUUUAUUCCUAUGUAUAUCAGUCGCAGUAAUGGUUGUGAUGGUUGCUCUGGCGAUGUAGUGGCGUGUUUGUAAGUCGGAAGCAUAAAAGUAGCAUCACGUGGAUCCAUUUUUAUCCGUUC